AUGCUACGCAAUGCCCAGCGCAGCAUUAGCCGUUGGUCAAAUUCAGCAUGGCAUCUACCAUGUGCCUUGUCCACGGCCCGACGGGGCCUAGCCACAACGCAACCCCGGCAGGGUGCGAUACAUAAGCUCGUGUUUGCCGCCGUAACUGACAUCGAAGAGGAAAUGGCCACUGGCAAGAGAAAGUGGGAGGUGAUCCGCGCCCCCGAGAUUGUCAGUUUGGCUAGGGAGCAUCCCAUGGUGGGGAAGAGGCUCAAAGAUUUGAAUUCUGCGUCCAUUCAGGAAAACUCUGAAUGGAGACAGACGGAUGCAUAUCGCGGUCUUAUGGAACUUCUCAACCAACGCUUUAGGUUGUUGGGCCCCGAAGAUAUCAAAGAAGAUCAACUGACGGAGGAGAGGACCUCGAGGGACGAGAGCAAUCACUCAGCUGCACGUGACGAGAGUUCUGCUGCCGAGACUGAAGUCGAGGACAAAAGCGAACAUGAUAGCUGGGAUUCAGACGUGGGGGUUGAGAGCAGAGAACAGGAGGGCCCGUCCACGAAUCAAGCUGGUACUCCUGAAGAACCACUUGACAAUGCAACGUCAAACAGCAAGCAAGGUUAUAACCCUGACACUGAAUUAGUGAGGGUCUUUGCAGAAAGUCGUCCCUCACCUACUCCUUGCAAAGAUCCAGAGGCAGACAAGGCAAAAGUGAAAGAUAAAAAGAUACCUGGUGUGAAGUGGAUGAGCCUUGAUCUAAGCAAGACAUCCGCUGACGUUGGUGACAUCGAACAAGAGGAGGCAGCACAACAUUCGCCCGAGGAAACGAGGGUGAAGCUCGAAGAGACGUACCAAAACGCUCUCUACCUGAUUUCUCUUUUACCCACUAACAAAGGUCCCAAGAGCGAGUUCCUCUACGGCAAUCAACGCGAUGCAGACCCUGACGAAGUCCAUCGGCGACGCGACAUGUUAAACCGAAUUGGCAUCAGGGAAAUCACGAAACUGCGAGGUCGAGCUGGCCUGGGCGCUGGAGGAUCCCAAGACCUCGAAUCACCAGAGCACAGGACGCGCUACAUACACAUUGCAGGAACAAAAGGAAAAGGUUCCGUAGCACACUAUAUCACGUCGAUCCUCACCUCGCCUGUUGGCCUCGGCGCCGGCAGGAUAGGCACUUACACAAGCCCUCAUAUCAACACCGUUCGCGAGCGCAUCAAGAUCGACGGCGAAAUGCUCUCAGAAGAGGAAUUUACCACCCAUUUCUUCCGGUUCUGGCGUGCUCUCCGCAGAAACGAGUCAAGGGAGCAAGACCUACCCAAGGAUCUGUUCAUACCCAACACUUGGAUGAAGAGUUACGACAAGAAACUGCAUGGGCCUCCGAGAAAGAUAGCCGUGCGAAGCGCGCCGUUGAAAAAUCUUUACGCUCAGGAAGAAAUCAAGGCAGCAGCCCGGAUGCCUUUUCUCUUCAACUUCAUGACCCUACUCGCCAUGCGUGUAUUCCAAUCUAUGCGCGUCAAAACGGCUGUGGUUGAAUGUGGCAUCGGGGCUGAAUACGACACAACCAACAUACUCAUUCCUCCCUCCAAUGUGACCGUUGGCGUUGUCACGGCCAUCGAUUAUGAGCACACGUCCAUGCUGGGCAAAACGCUGCCCGAGAUUGCGUGGCACAAAACCGGCGUCUUCAAGCCCGGGGCUUCGGCCGUCGUAGUGCGGCCGCCCAUUUCUGCCACCACCUAUGAUUUCAUGCGUGGCAUGACGCAAGGCGCCUACGGCCUGCCCAAGCCACCUCCAUCAUCGGCUGUCGAUAUGGAAGGACGCGGCGAUGCGCUUGAGCAGCGAAACAUAGACCAGGCAGAUGGGAACGCCCUCAUGGGUGUUAUUUGGGGCAGGGCCAUCGACCGCGCCGUGAAGAAGUUGGUCGACGUGCCCUUUGACGUCGGAAUUCCCGAUGAGUCUGCGCCUCCAGAUGAGAUGGACGUCGGCGGUCCUGUUGAAAAGCUGAACAUGGCAGUCGCUUCACUCGCAGUGAGUGAGCAUUUCCAUCAAAUCCAAACGAGCCGCACCAAAGCGGCCAAGAUUAUCAACAACUCCGACACUUCUCCCUCGGACGAACCACCAUCAACACUCAAUCCCUACCAGGCCCGGGUCAGGAGUUUAUCUCUCAGCCCGUACAUUAGCCGUGGACGCUGGCAGGCCAUGAUUAAACCCACGCACCUCGCCGCCAUGGCAUUCUCAAAGACCCUCCCCGGCCGCCGCGAGAUCUACCAAUCCCCUCACGAUCAGGACACCACCAUCUACCUAGACGGCGCCCAUACCACAAACAGCCUCCGCGCCGUCGGCCAGUGGUUCCAAGACAAGGUCGCAGAAGCGCAGAAGAACAACACCACCGGCACCAAACCCCUGGCGGCCAUCGUCUUCGACCAGCGCGACCCCGACCGCGACCCGAUUGCACUGCUCUCAGCCCUCAUCGAACCACUGCGAUCCCCCGACGGUCUCUUCAACGAGGACACCCUGGCCUUUAUCGGCAUCAUCCGCCCGACGUCGGGAAGCAACGACGUCUUCGACAACCUGCAGCGGCACUUUGAGGCCGAGUACCCCUGGCUGCGCUUCAGGAACUUUGAGCACGUCGACCACGCCACCCGCCGGGCGGCCUCCAAGGCGCGCGAUGCCGUCGGCGGGAAGAGCCAGGCCACGGACUGGUGGCCGCGGCCCGUGCAUGUGCUCUUCACGGGCAGCUUCUCCCUCACGUCGCGGCCCGAGAUGCGCGACUCCAUCCCUGUCCUCUUCAACAUGCCGCCGCGGGGAUCGGAGCAGCAGCGGAAGGAGACUAAGGGACCGGAGAGCCUCGAUGCGGCGUCGCAUGUCGACGCCGUGCUGGCGGGCCUGGUCAAAGAUGCAGAGAAGCGGGCUCGUGCGCCAUUGAGACGCAAGGAUGCUCUGCGCAAGCGGCGGAUGGCAGUCAAGAACCAGCAGGCACGGAUCCAGUCGGGUGGCGCCUUUGCUUGGUGA